GUUAAUAAUAACCGCGUAGUUGAAGACUUUAAGUUAAUACCACAUUUUCGCGGCACCCAAUAGUUAAACAAGUGCUUUACACAUGAAGAAAAAGCAAAAUUGUUUUGUUUGUUUUCACUGUUUGUAAUGUGACUCCCGGAUGUGACAAUGAAGCUCGGUGGUUGUGAUUGUAUCCUGUUGCAAAAGCUUGACCACUAGCCAAUCCAUGUUUCCCGGAAAAUGUCCUCGAAACUGUUAAACUACCCUUCGGCUACCAGCACCCGGUUUGGGACUGAUUCCUCGUCAGCUGUGUCGUCUAGCGCACUUGCAGGGUCCUGCUCGCUCAACUACGACAAUCUCCAGCUCGACGACAUCCUCUGCCCGGUCUGUACUUCGGUUCUUGUCGAACCAGUCUUCCUGCCGUGUAAACAUCUGUUCUGUCGCAACUGUCUCAGCGAGACGAUCGAGAAAAAUAAACUUAACUGCCCGUGCUGCCGGAAGCGUUUCGGUACCUGGUACCGCAAUGCAUCCCGCGUCAACAACCUCGUGCACGAACGGCUUUGGCAAGCGAUACAAAGUCAGUUCCGUGACCAAUUGACACUAGAAAGCUCCCUAGGAUCCCAGAAAGGCUCAUCGAAUGGAUCAACGCAACAGGACAAAAGCUGCUACGAAAUAAACCGGCCAAAACAAAACAUCACCUUGGCCACGCCGGGAGAAAUUAGGAAGGAAUUCACUAGCGAGCUGAAGCGCUUCCAGAAAGAGCGUCUCGAGGAGGCUACAAAAGAGCUGGCCGCGACUGAGCAGUGCAUCCUUAAUCUGUACAAACAAGAGGGGAUUAUAGAAGUUGGUGACAACAGCAGCCAUGUGUCCGUAUCGUCCACAACGACCCCAGAUCCGCACGAUGGAGUGGUUGUUCGGAAAAUUACCACCGUUGGCAACAUCUCCCCAAUGGCUGGUCCAUCCUCACUGUGCAAUACACGGCGACAAGUUCCAGAGAAAGUCCCACAAAACUGUAGUCAAACCACCAAGGAUGGGAUACAAAAAACAUUUGGCACAAUCGCAUCGUUGUUUGUCAAAUCUCCAUCAACCGGGAGCGUCAUCUCCAUCUCGUCGACUUCGUCCGCACAAUCUGCCGUGACCGAUUCUUCGUGCGCUUCUUCGUCCGCGUCAGGGCGCUACAGUUUGCUCAAGUCCGUCGUCCAGCAAGUUGGCCGCAGUGCAGAGAUGGUGAAGCAAAAGGUGCAAGGUACUAUUCUGAACCGUCUAACGACCGGGAAGUUGCAGCAACAGCAUUAUAAGUCGCUGAGCAUGUUCGAUCUGAACAAAAGUGAACAUUGCAUAAAACCGACCGCGCUACACAAAAUUGAACACCGUGGCGUUAAGGAGGAGGAAGCCAAUGACGAUGGCACAAUGGAUGAUACCGAUAGCUUGAAGUCAGAGCAGAAUCACUUCAUACCGAUCAUAGCGUCAUUGCCAAAGAGCAGUUUCUCGCUUGAUACGGUCACCCGCGCAGUACCGGUGCGCCCAAUCGUUUUCGGUAACAAGUAUGGCUAUUCGCCUAAAAAAAGUCCCUAUCGGCCACUGAAGGCAACAAGUGUGCAUCAGUCAGCUUUCUCGGUUGUGAAACUAUUUACACCUCCCAAAAUAUCAUCCCCGGUUGAGAGUGAAAAGGUGGGAGCGAAAAGUAAACGAAACGAUAAAACACCCACCAAAACUCCCCAACGUCGUGGCCGCCCACGUGGUACGAAGGUAAAGUUCAGUCCUACGAGGGCGAGAAAAACAGUCCCUCGGAGUCUCGAUCGUUCUGCUAGAUCCGGCGGUGGUGGUGGUGGCGGCGGCGGCACUAGCACCCGCACGACCCGUAGCUCUGUCGAGGCUCAAGCCAACGCAAUCAGAGAACUGAUCAUAAGCGAUCAGCAACGACGCGAGCAGCAGAUCGAGAUGGAAAAACGCGACUUCGAGUUCGCACAAAGACUGCAGGAAAAGUUAAACCGAACCAGUGGCAUCAUGCAGGAGAUUCACCGGCAGUAUCCGGCACCUAGAAGCACCGGUUACUCGUUGCGACGAAAGGGUCCCGCCAAUUGCACACCGAACGACGAGUCGCCCAACCUCGGUGCCUCGUCGUCGACGGAAGAGAGCAGUUCCAAGAAUACUCCCGCCAAAAACUCGCGCAAACGAAAAGCCACCAGUAGCAGCGUGGAGAAUGAUGUUCCUUCGAGUUCCUCGCCGGCAAAACAGAUCGCUGGCCGUGCAACUCCUCCUCGUCAGACUAGACCGAAUCGCACAUCGAAACGCAACAAUGUUACUCUUCCGGCGGACACUUCUGUGACGACCGCCAACGAGCAGCCGUCGAUACCGCAGCGCAAAUCUACUAGAAACAAAACACGUUAGAAGCAGUUGAUUGCCGGUAAGAUAAAAUUUAAGCCGAUUGGGGGAGGGAGGGGGAAAGCAAUUCACAUUCAAUAUUUUGUCUUUUACGUAUCAUUAAUACAACGUAAUACUGUGCCAGAAAGCCCGAAACGUUACCCAUUGUGGGUGACCACCGCCCAUUUGCAUCGUAGGGCGUUGUCUUCAAAAGACACACGUUCGUUAAUGUAAGGUACAUACACGGGGGGGGCUUUAUCUCAAUCCAGAUUAUCCGGGUAUCUAUGCAUUCGUUGCCAAUCAGCUCGAGCAAGACUCAGUGCAUGACACGAGCUGGUUGGGAUAGCGUUCGACGUUUUCUUUUGUUGCAAAAGUAUAAUAUUUGUUUGUAAAUCCAGAAGAAUGUUAUUUCCCUCAGUCAAACCACAUAAAAUGUUUUCACUGUCCUAUAUAUAUUUUCUUCUAGUAACCUCUGUUGCCACCAGAAAACUAACAAGUAUAGGCAGAAUCGUUUGCGUGCGUGGUGGUCGAAUUAAGUGUAGAUAUGUAUUUCCAUGUAUAUUAAAUCCUUGCGUAUUUGUACGAAAAUAAAUCACAUGUCGUUAUCAGUGUGAUAGCUUUUUAUUAUAGCAUAAAACUACUUUUUUUUAUUCGCGAAUAGAAGGAUCAGUUCCAGACUUACAAUAUACGGUAAAACCACACAAACAAACAAACACACAAAGUCGACAGUUUAAUUCUCGUCCUGCAUUUACGAUAGUGUUAGCCAUAGCCGAGAGGAGGAAAGCAUUUCACUGAAGCUACGUUAUCGAUAUUUUUUAUAUGAAAAAAUCAAACGCUCCAUAGGUCCACGCGACAUAAUAUACGACAUAACCAGACGCGGUGUCUUCGAGUAAUUUGAAAUUUCUGUUACUAUUAUAGCAUGGUUCCAGAAGCAAAAAAAAAAAGAAUGCUCAAAAACACGACUCAUACAAAACUUGCGGAAAUGGUAACAAAAUAAAGGUAAUCAUUGUCA